CACUUGCAGCCUUGCCAUCGCCAAGACGGCUCUUCCCGUUUGGACUUUGGACGUGACUAGCACACCAACCUACUCCGCGACUCCGAUCGGCGACACCAAACGAGCGUCCCUCUCCCUCUCCCCAUCCAAAUCCCAAAUCAAAUGCUCACUUCCGCCACCGCCCCCUCCUCGUCGUCCCACGCCUGCACCCGUCCUCGCCGCACCGCCUCCGCGCGCGGGCGCCGGCCCCGCCCCGUGCUCGCCAUGGCCGCCUCCGACGACCCCCGCGCCGCGCCCGCCAGGUCGGUCGCCGUCGUCGGCGCCGGCGUCAGCGGGCUCGUGGCGGCGUACAGGCUCAGGAAGAGCGGCGUGCGGGUCACGGUGUUCGAGGCGGACGACCGGGCCGGGGGGAAGAUACGGACCAACUCCGACGGAGGGUUCCUCUGGGACGAAGGGGCCAACACCAUGACCGAAAGCGCACUGGAGGCUAGUAGACUAAUCGAUGAUCUUGGCCUCGAGGACAGACUGCAGUAUCCUAACUCCCAGCACAAGCGCUACACUGUUAAAGAUGGAGCGCCAGCAUUGAUUCCCUCAGAUCCCAUUGCGCUGAUGAAAAGCAGUCUUCUAUCUACAAAAUCAAAGUUUAAGUUAUUUCUGGAACCAUUUCUUUAUGAGAAAUCUAGCAGAAAUAACUCCAAGAAAGUGUCUGAUGAGCAUAUACGUGAGAGUGUUGGGAGCUUCUUUGAACGCCACUUUGGAAAGGAAGUUGUCGACUACCUUAUUGAUCCAUUUGUAGCUGGAACAAGUGCAGGAGAUCCUGAGUCAUUAUCUAUCCGUCAUGCAUUUCCAGCGUUAUGGAAUUUAGAAAAGAAGUAUGGUUCUAUCAUUGCUGGUGCCAUCUUGUCUAAACUAACAGCUAAAGGUGAUUCGACUAAGAAAGGAAGCGCUGUAUCAGGAAAAGGAAGGAAUAAGCGGGUGUCAUUUUCAUUUCAUGGUGGUAUGCAGACACUAGUAGAUGCACUUCACAAAGAAGUUGGAGAUGGUAAUGUGAAACUUGCGACACAAGUGUUGUCAUUGGCAUGUAGCUGUGAUGGACUCUCUGCAUCAAAUGGGUGGUCAAUUUUUGUUGAUUCAAAGGAUGCUAGUAACAGGGAGCUCGCAAAGAACCAACCCUUUGAUGCUGUUAUUAUGACAGCUCCACUGUCUAAUGUCCAGAGGAUGAAGUUUACAAAAGGUGGAGCUCCCUUUGUGCUAGAUUUUCUUCCUAAGGUGGAUUAUCUGCCGUUAUCCCUCAUGGUAACAGCUUUUAAGAAGGAAGAUGUCAAAAGACCCCUGGAAGGAUUUGGGGUGUUGGUACCCUAUAAGGAACAGCAAAAACAUGGUCUGAAAACCCUUGGAACCCUCUUCUCCUCUAUGAUGUUCCCAGAUCGAGCUCCUAAUGACCAACACUUAUUUACAACAUUCGUUGGGGGAAGCCACAAUAGGGAUCUCGCUGGAGCUCCAACGGCUAUCUUGAAACAACUUGUGACUUCUGACCUUAGAAAGCUCUUGGGUGUAGAGGGGCAGCCAACUUUUGUGAGACAUAUACAUUGGAAAAAUGCUUUUCCUCUGUAUGGCCAUGAUUAUGAUUCGGCAUUGGAAGCUAUAGGAAAGAUGGAGAGUGAUCUUCCAGGGUUUUUCUAUGCAGGAAAUAACAAGGAUGGCUUGGCUGUUGGAAAUGUUAUAGCUUCAGGAAGUAAAACUGCUGAUCUGGUGAUCUCGUAUCUUGAGUCAGGCAUCAAGCAAGAUAAUUAACACCCAAGGUAUCUGAUGUUUUGUAGCAUUGGCAGACUAUUUUGCUCACUUCAUGUAGAUUGAAAACGAUAGCACCGGUUGGAAUCUCUUUAUGAAGCUUAACCAUUAACCAUUAACCUGAUAUCCACUGUCCAACUUGUGUAAAGAUGGGCAAGGAGUGCAAUAUAACUCUGGUGGCCUGAGGCGCACUUAUGUUGUUUGGAACAGUGAUCCUUUCUAAAAAGGCUUACAUUUCGGAACGGAGGUAGUACAUGUUUUGACAACAGAAGUUACUAUCUUGGAAUAUUUCUGUCUUUCCGAGAAUACAUGAUAUGUAUAAUUUAUCAAGUUGAGAUUCUAGCAAUAAAGCCUCCAAAAUUGCAUAGAGCUCAAGAGUUUUGUUGGCCCUCACACAUUUAGGUACCCGGUGCAAGGGUUUUGUGGUGCUCGAUAUUUUAAGAAUUUUUGUUGAAACAACAUUUAUGUAACAUUGUAUUAAAUUUCACAGAUAUUUGUCUUUAUUUUUUUCUUGGGUCAUGCAAUAAAGUUUGACUUGAAAUUUUGCAGCAUGGUA